AUGAUCCGGUGGUCCAGUCUCGGCGGCGACCGGAGGCAGGGGAGCAAGAGCGACGGCGGUGGCGUCGAAAUCGCCGCCCACAAGGAACGUGUUUCUUGCCAGAAACAUGGGAUCGGUUUCGUGGCUAACGACGCGACGGUGGUCUACCGAUCGGGCUUCCCGUGGACAUGUCGCGAUCGGAUGCACGCGUUUCCGGUGAUCUCCUUGCUCGCUGAAAAGAUUUUGGGUGUAGCGACGGACGAACAUGAUAAAUCUAUCGCGGGAUUAAGACCGGGAAAUUCUGUUAAUGAGGAAAUUCAAGUGACUCCCAAAACGAGUCAAGAGUUGGACAAUGACAAGAAGCCUAUAUCCUAUUCGAAAACAGAUGGGAACAGUGAGAAAUAUCCCGGUGCAAAAUCGCAGGAUAAAGAUGCGUGCGUUGCCACUGGCGAUAUCUGCAGGAUCUGUCAUAUGGGCGGACGCGUCCCGAUCGCGGACAAUCAUUCAUCCUGCGACUUGCAAGAGCCGAAUGAUCAGACGACAUCGUCGAACCUCGCGUAUCUUGGUCCUUUGAUCUCGGCUUGCAAGUGCCGGGGUACGGUGGCUCUGGUGCACGUUGAGUGUCUCGAGAGAUGGCUGACCGAGUCUGGUCGCGCGAGAUGCGAGCUCUGCGGUUACAAGUACGCAACGAAGAGGGUGCCGCGUUACAGCCUCUUUCGCGGCAUCGUGAUAUGGUUCCACGCAGUAAUUGCCACGCGACAGAUGCUGCUCGAUAUCGGAUACUUGCUGAUGACCACACCGGUCGCUGCGUUUUCUUGCUACGUGUGCGCCCUGACCUUGAAGAUGAUGCUGCGAAACGGCUUUUACGAGAUACCCUGGAUGAUAGUCGCGAUGCUGCCAACCUGCUUAUUGACGCUGAUAGCUUAUUGGCGGUGGAUAAUCACGUUAGGAAGAUUGCACGGUCAUCGAUGGAGACGCUACUGGAGGAACAAUUUCGUAGUCCGUUUGAUCCCUGAUAACGAGCGCGCCGAUGAUGAAGCGCGAUCGAGCGAACACUUCGAUGCGCACGACGAGGAUUUCGAGCGAUGGAGGAUCGAGGAGAUCGACGAAUUCGCUUGA